CUGUCAGCUCGAUGACCGCGCUGUGGAGGUUUGGCUGAGGAGCUGUGCGCAGCAUGGGCACCGGGGAUUACAUCUGCGUAACACUGCGUGGGGGUGCACCCUGGGGAUUCACCCUGAGAGAAGGAGAGGGUGACACCUACAGACCUUUCCUAAUUUCCCAGGUAGAAGAAGGUGGCCGUGCCUUCCUGGCUGGAGUGCAGGAAGGCGAUGAAGUGGUGUCACUCAACGGAGAGCCAUGUGCUGAUCUCACACUUUUACGAGCCUUUGCCCUCAUCGACACAUCGAUCGACUGCCUGCAGCUGCUCCUCAAAAGACACUGCUCCAUUCCCCCUGAAGACUAUGAAUCAGAAGAGGCAUACUGUGGUGAGAGGUAUUCCCCUGGUGAUGCUUUAGAGAGCACCACCCUCCACAUAUUCUCCCCAAAGCACAGGUCCCGAAGCCCCAGGGAACUCUACAUAUCUGAGUCCCAGAAUGAGGCCUACUAUGCGGAGUUGGACAGUGACAGACAGUUUCCCAAGAGACCCCAACUGCUUUACACCCAGCUACAUGCUCCCUCAUCUGAUGAUCACAGAGCCCGGGAGUCUGUUUUUAAGGAAAAAGAAGUACAGCGCUGCUUCCCCCCUGGGGACAUGGUCGAGCUCCAGGUGUCCCUGUCUGAGCAAACGUUGGACGACGUGGGCUGCACAUCUCUUGGGAGUGCUCGUGGGGUUGAGGGGGAACUCUUAAACAGAGAGGCUGUUGAGACUGUCCAUACCACCACCAUAUCUCACUGUGUACCAUGCUCUGUCAGAGAGCCGCUCAGCCAGCAUGGGGUGGUGCUCAGCUCCCCUUCAAUGCUGGGGCAGGUGGAGGUCAUUUUGCAGCAGCCAUCAGCUUCAGGAGCAGGGAGGGGCAUCUUGAGUGUGGGUGGCCCCAGGGUCAGUGGAAGUGUUGGAUCCCAAAGUGAAGGAGAAGAAGGAGGAGGGCACUGCGAGGGAGUUCCUGGGUCUUUUACAGUCUCAUUUGGAAUUCCCUCAGAGGAGGCGACACCAGGAGAAGAUCGGGAAUCUGAUUCAGAGGGGGAUCAAGACAAACCUAACAAGCAUCGGGCAAAGCACGCCAGACUCAGGCGUAGCGAGAGUCUGUCCGAGAAGCAGGUGAAGGAGGCCAAGUCCAAAUGUAAACGUAUUGCUCUCCUCCUCACGGCUGCUCCGCCCAACCCCAACAACAAGGGGGUGUUGAUGUUCAAGAAACAUCGGCAGAGGGCCAAGAAAUACACACUUGUGAGCUACGGCACAGGAGAAGACGAACCGGAGUACAGCGACGAAGAGGACGAGGAAAACGACGACGACAAACAAGAAACCCACACUGUUGAAUUUACCCUUGUGGCUCCUAGCGAUUCUGAAAUAGAUAAGCAUUUCCUCACUAAUGCCCAUAGUAGCAAAGGUGUGCUGACUAUCAACUGGGACAAGGGUCUCCUUGAGAUUGAGAGGAACCUGAACAACCAAGCUGAGAUGGAGUGUUUGCCUGAAACUAAGGGCAAGGGUGCCCUAAUGUUUGCCCAACGGCGUCAGAGGAUGGACGAGAUUGCUGCUGAACAUGAGGAGCUUAGGCGCCAGGGGAUUCCUGUGGAGGCAGUGCAGGAGAAUGAAAAGAAGCACUCCUACCUGCAGUCCACAACAGAGGGCCAGGCUUACAUGGAUGUAAAUAUACACCAGCAAAGCCAACAGCAAUACCAGCAGUACCAAGAACAGCAGUACUACGAGCAACAACAGAGUUAUCAACAGCAACAACAGAGCUACACACAACAGCAACAGCAGACCUACCAACAGCAAGAACAAACCUACCAACAGCAGCAGCAGCAGCAGCAGCAAUACCAACAGCAGUAUCAGCAACAGCAGUAUGAACAGCAGCAUUAUCAACAACAGCAAAUGUAUCAGCAGCAGCAUGAAUAUAAUCAAGAGCAACAGCAAAUACAGCAAUAUUCUACAAACAUAAAUGGCACAGUCCAACAUGAAACCAAUGAAAUGCAGAGUUCUUUCAGCAAUCGCACAGCAAAGCCUUUCUCAGUUGAAAACAUGGCGGCAACCCAUUAUUCUCCUGCAAUGAGUGGGACCAAUCAAGAUUCUGCAGGCCAAGGAGAGCAAAUAGCUUCUCGUGACGAGCGCAUCUCUACCCCUGCAAUUAAGUCUGGCCUUUUGACUGAUGCAAGGAGAAGAAAUGUAGGCAAGCCCAUGUUUACGUUUAAGGAAGCACCCAAAGUAUCACCUAACCCAGCAUUACUGAACCUCCUCAACAGGAGUGAUAAGAAGUUGGGUUUUGAGUCAGGACCUGAGGAAGACUACCUUAGCCUUGGGGCUGAGGCUUGUAAUUUCCUCCAGUCUCCAAGAGUUAAACAUAAGACUCCUCCACCAGUGGCUCCAAAGCCUGUGAUCAACCCCAGCUCUCCUCCUUGGUCCCCACAGAUAGAAAUGACCAACCAGGACACGGCUCAGCAUGCUGAAAAUAGUGUGUCCACACCUGCUGUAGCCCCCACCGCAGAAACUACCCCUGCUCCAGAACUAGAGCCAACCUCUGCACCUGCUCCUGAGCCUUCUCCCCCUCCUGCCCCCCAGGAGGCUCCUGCCAGCACUACCACAGAGGAGCAGCACACAUGGACUCUCCAAGAGCCUGAAUCUCAACAACAGCCUCAACAAGUGACGGCUCAGGAAGAAAAUGGUCCUAUGAAUUCUACCCUGCAGCCUGAGCCUGCUCCUGUGCCCGUGACUACGUGGGCUCCAGCCCGAUCACAAUCACAACAGCAAUCUUCCAAUUCCUGGCAUCCAGCUCAAGUGCAACCCCCGGAACCACCUCCAAGUCAGUCCCCACCACAGCCACCUUGGGUGACACGUCAAACUACUCAGACCCAAGCACAGCCUCAACCCCCCACAAAUACUUGGACCCCUCAAAUUCAGCCAUCCUGGAGUCAGCCUCAAGAGCAAGGACAAACCCAGACACAUGCUCAGCCUCCCUGGGCCCAGCCUCUAGAGCAACCACAGCCUCAGCCACAGGCUCAGCCACCCUGGACACACUCUCAUGAGCAGCCACACCCGCAGCAAAUGCAACCAACUUGGGGUCAAUCUCAAGAACCAAUGCAGCAGCAGCCCCAGGCUCCAUGGGCACAGCCAUCACAAACAGACAGUCAGCCUCAACCACCAUGGGUGCAACAACCCCAACAAAAACCCCAAGCACAACCUCCCUGGGCUCAGCAGGUUCAGCCAGAAUCCCAGCCACAGCCGCCAUGGGUUCACCAACCACAGCAACAGGCUCCACAACAAGCAUGGCCACAGGCCCAAGCAUCAAGUCAACCUCAACCACCUUGGGUAUCAGGUCAGCCUCAACAGCAGCAGCAACCUUCAAUUAAUGCAUGGGCUCCAUCACAAGCUCAAGCCCAAGCUCAGCCACCUUGGAUGCAAGCAGCCCAACCACAACCUGAAGCGCAACCUCAAGCCAAUUUGAAUCCAUGGGCACCAGUACCUACCCAGACACAGUCCCCACCAUCAUGGACCCAGCAACCUCCAGAACAUGGUCAGCAUGCCAUGAAUUCUUGGGCGCAAGAGCAAAAUCAGGCCCAACAUCAACCACCUUGGGCUCAACCAGUUCCACCCCAGUCCACACCGCAACCAAACUGGCAACCAUCCACUUCAAAGACUCCACCACAGCCACCAAUGAGUACUGCCUGGGCUCCAGCUCAGACACAGCCUCAGACACCUGUGAAUGUUUGGACACCAGAGUCACAGCAAACACCUGUAAAUGUUUCCACAUCAAUGGUUAACAAUCGUCCUUCUCCAAAACCUUGGCAUCCAUCACAAAAUAUCCCACAAAUCCGCAUUCCACCAUCUCCACCACAGCGAAUGCACUCUUUUAACAUUGGUCAAAGAGCUUCAUCACCCAUCAACCCAAUGGCCACUGUCUUAAACCCAUCAUCUGUAGGUUCAUCUUUUGAAAUGCCAGCUGUCAAAGGGAAAGGAGCUGAUAUGUUCGCCAAGAGGCAGUCUCGUAUGGAGAAGUUUGUUGUGGACUCUGAGACUGUGCAAGCAAACAAGGCAAGCCGGUCAACAUCGCCAGCUGCUUCUUUACCAACUGAGUGGAAAUAUACUCCCAAUGUACGUGCUCCACCUUCACGGGCAUAUAAUCCUAUUCAGUCCCCUUCUUAUCCCCCAGCAGCAACAAAGCAGCCCUCCCCAAGUAGUCCUUCAUCCAAAGCCAAGAAAAAAGGCAAAGAGAAACAAAUGCCUGCCCCUAAACCCCUCAAUGUUAUAGAUGUGAUGAAGCAUCAACCCUAUCAACUUAAUUCUUCCCUCUUUACCUUUGGCCCAGCAGCAGAGGUUCCCAAGCCCGCUGCCCCCAAGCCUGAGUGUCCACCUCCUAACCCACCAGUUGAAAACCAACCGAUUAGAUAUGAGCAAAUGGCUCCCAUGCAGCCAGCUGGACCAUUUAAUGCUCCAUACCCCCAGCAGACCUAUGGGAUGCCCAUGCAACCAAUGAUGCACGAUGGCCACUACCAGCAAACCCCAGCUAAUGUUUAUGUUCCCCCCAGUACUUAUCAGCAACCUCCUGCUGGUCCAUACCAACAAGCAUAUAAUCAACAGUAUCAACAACCUGCCCCACCUGCCUAUCACCCCCAAGCUACUCAGUCUGCAAACCCUCCCUACCAACAAGCACCACAGGUUCCUUACCAACCAGCCAGCAGCCCUCCCUACCUGGCAGCUCCCUCUGUACCUUACCAGCCACAGCCUCCCAGUAGCUAUGUUGCUCCUGGUUUCCCUGUGGCUGCAAGGCCGGAAUCUGCAUCAGGUGGCAAUGUUGUAGCUGCUCCUAAGCCUAAAUUUACAGCUAAAAAGAGCUCAGCUCAGGUUUGGAAGCCUACAGCAGUUGAUAAAGAGUGAUUCUAGUAGUAGUAAUCAUGACAUGCUUGGUUUUGGUGCGAAUCGCAGGGUUGGUGCUCUUGCAGUCCACUGGCAAGUGGAAUAUUUUGAGCACAUACAAUAGCUUCUGUAAUGACUAUCUUCACCUCCACCUGCUCUUGCUAUUGUCAUAGGACAGAGCUUGAUGGUUUCAAGAGCUAAUACAAAUGGCAUCACAAACAAAUUAAGAACAUAUGAAAAUAAACAGGAUGUAAGUAUAUCUUAUCAGACACAAUGGGAGCCAAAAUAAUUGAUUAAAAUAAUGCCUAUUGAUGUUUCUCUAUAAAUUUAUAUAUAUAUUAUAAAUUCACUAUGGAAAAUCAAUAUAAAUCAAUGUCAUUUAUGUAAAAGAAUUUAAAGUGGUGGCAAUAUAAGAAUGUAGGGGAGCAUGAUUCUCAGUGUGAAAUGGAAGAAAAAAGAAAGAGAAAAAAGUAAUCAGAAGUGAAUGGUACUUGACAGUGACAACAGGAAGUUGAUUUUUGAA